GCGACAAGAAGAAGCAGAAAUCAACACGCGGUCAGCGGCCUGCAGUUCAAUUUUAUUUUUGAUUAAUUAAAAUAAUUACUAUGGUUCAGAACAAACAUAAAACCGCAAAGCCAUUAAAGGCAGUAAAAGCCGCUGUUAAGGAGGCAGCAGUAUCAAAGGCGGAAAACUGGCAAAAGGUGAAAAUCAAGGGCCACGUGAUUUCUGACGAUUGCGGUGGCUACGAAGGAUUAAUUGGACUGGAGGUCCUCAAGGACUACGAUGCAGCCCUUGUAAAAUCCUCACAGAAGAGGGUUAGCUCCCGAAAUUCAGAAAGGGAGCGCAAGUUGAAGAAGAAAAAGCGAAAGGUGUCCAAGGGCGAUGAUGAUGACUCCAGCGAGAGUUCCAGUGAAUCGGAAAGUGAGGAUGAAGUGAUGGCCGCAGAGAAAAAAAGUAGAAAAGCCCGUCUUGCCGAACGUCAUGCCCAAAAGAUACAAAAACUUCGGGAGAAGCGUGAGAAGCGAAAGGAGCUGCGUAAGCAGAAAAAAGCAAAUGGCAAGGAAAAGGAUGACAGCGAGGAUUCCAAUGAUGAGUAUGCGGCAGAUCGCUUUGCCCUGCUCAGACCACCUCCCUCCGACGACGAGGAAGAAGUGGCCAAUGCUGAAGAGUCGGCUGAUCAACAGGAUUCCAGCGAAGAGGAGGCACCAGAACUAGUUUCUAUUUCUACUGCAGAAGUGGAAGAUGUUUCCGCUUGGAAUGGGCUGGGUGUUCCCGCUCCCAUCUUGCGUGCCCUCGGCGAGCAGGGCUUUAAUGGUCCCACCCAAAUCCAGGCUUUAACCCUACCCGCUGCCAUCCACGGCAAGAAGGACAUCCUUGGCGCAGCUGAAACAGGCAGCGGAAAAACACUUGCCUUUGGAAUACCUAUGCUCGCUGGAAUCUUGGAGCUGAAGCAAAAGAACGUCCGUUUUGGAGUACGAAAGGCGCCCAAAGUAAAGGGACAGCAGCCCGAGCCGGCAGCCGAUGAUCACGAGUUGACACCACCUCCCGAAGAACUGGAUCAUGUUUCCGGAGCAAGUGAUGAAGAAAGCGAUGCGGAGGAGCAAGCCCAACGCAAACAGGGUCCUUUAUAUGGACUGGUGCUUACCCCCACUCGGGAGUUGGCCGUGCAGGUCAAGAAUCAUCUGGUAGCGGCUGCAAAAUACACAGGCAUUCGAGUGGCUGCUAUAUUCGGUGGUUUAGCCGUUGCGAAACAGGAGCGAGUACUUCGACAGUGUCCGGAAAUUGUGGUGGCCACACCUGGUCGCCUCUGGGAGCUUUACGUCCAGGGAAACCACCAUCUGGGUAAGAUUGAGGAUGUCAGCUUUCUGGUUAUUGACGAAACAGAUCGCAUGGUGGAGAAGGGACACUUCGAGGAGCUGCGAAGUCUGCUGAAGGUGCUUAACUCAGACGAACAAAAGAAGCAUCAACGCCAGAACUUUGUUUACUCGGCCACGCUGACAUUGGUCCAUGAUCUUCCGGAUCACAUGCAAAAGCGCAAUGUGGGCAAGAAGCCCAAGUUUGUAAAGCAAACUGUGGAUCAAAAAAUUGAGAGCCUCAUCGAGGAGUUGGGCAUCUCGCAACCCAAGAUUGUGGACAUAACCAGCUCUCAGCAAACUGCCCAAACAUUAACCGAAAGUCGUCUGCUUUGCCCCAUCGAUCAUAAGGACUACCAUCUUUACUACUUUAUUCAACGCCAUCCCGGCCGCACCAUUGUCUUUUGCAAUUCCAUCGAUUGUGUGAAACGUUUGGCCACGCUUUUUGGCCUUCUGGACUGUAAUCCUUUACCCCUGCAUGCCAACAUGAUCCAGAAGCAGCGCCUCAAGAACCUGGAACGAUUCCGUGACAGUCCCACUGGUUUACUGAUAGCCACUGAUGUGGCUGCUCGAGGACUGGACAUACCGAAUGUGGAGCAUGUGAUUCACUACCAAGUGCCGCGCACCAGCGAGAACUACGUGCACAGAUCAGGACGCACAGCCCGCGCCAAUAAGCACGGCAUAACCGUCAUGUUCAUGGAACCCGGCGAGGUUAAAAGCUAUGUGAAGUUGUACAAAACUUUAGAGAGAACUGAGGAUCUGCCGCUCUUCCCCAUCUCGGAACGAUUCCUGGGAGCUGUUAAGGAGCGCGUGAAUCUGGCUCGGGAUUUGGACAAAGAGGAACUGAAGCUUAAGCGCGUUCAGAGCGAGCGUGGCUGGAUGAAGAAGCAUGCCGAGGAAAUGGACAUGAUCAUCGAUGGCUACAACGAUGAGUCUGGCAGUGACCAGGAUGAGGAUCCCUUCGUAAUUGAGCGAAGGCGGAAUCGUCUUCGAGUGGAGACAGUCAGAGCCCAACUUAAUGCUCUAUUGGCCCAGCCCAUUUUCCCCAGAGGUUUUAGCUUUAAGUAUCCCAAUAGCGAGGCAGCCCAGUUGGCCACGAGUCACACCCAAAGUGCCGUGGAAACUAUGAAAGCGGCCAUAGAGGAUCAAAAGCAGGCUAAAAAAGAUCGCAACAAACGCAAAAGGAAUGCCUAGGACAACCUUAAAUUUAUUUUUAUAAUAAAACCCCCCCGUGGAUCCGCCACUGAA